GGAAAGUGGGGUGAACUGCACAAACAGCGGAGCAAGCCCAGGGCAGCCCAGGGCGGCAGCUAUGUACCUAGUAUGUGGUGCGGGCAGGCAACGUCAGGGCGGGCAGCUGUCCCAUCGCAUCAUUGCAUCCCGCUUCCCAUUAAACAACCCUGAAGACACCCCCCGAAACUAGUUUACAGAUGGACUGGAAGACAUAGACCAUCAUCAGUACACAACCAUGGAGCACCUCUCGAUAAACGAUCAACCCCCACCGCCGCCCUUCCCUCAGGGCCCCGGCCAGCCAGGACCCGGCAUGCCCCCGCCGGGACUCCUAGGAGGCGGCCGUCCUCCCCAGCCCCAGCAGUUGCCCGCGCAAAUGUUCACCACAGCUGCCCAACUCCUCGACCUCACCGAUAAGAAGCUAAUGGUAGCAUUGCGCGACGGACGAAAGCUCACGGGCAUCCUCCGCAGUUGGGAUCAGUUUGCCAACCUAGUACUACAACAAACAAAGGAGAGGAUAUUCGUGCCUCCAGGCACGCAGUCACCCGCCCAGACCAGGGGGCUCUACGCCGACGUGGACCGGGGCCUCUUCGUUGUUCGUGGCGAGAACGUUCUCCUUAUGGGCGAGAUCGACCUUGACCGCGACGACGACCCGCCCCCGGGCUACGACCCUGCCGACCUCGAACUGGUGCAGACACUAGCCAAGCAGAAAAAGGCCGAGGAGAAGGCCAAGGAGAAGCGCAAGGUCAAGAAGCUUUCUACCAUUGGCUUCGAAGGGGAGAACGUAGGCGAGGCGCUUCUGUGAACGAUAUAUGAAUCACGAUACCCUCAAGUUUUACAAAUGGGACGGAAAGAAAGAGAGGGGAGGAGAGACGACCAAAACUUUAACUUGUUAUGAUUCAUACCUACAUACCCCUGAAGUGGAAAGGGAGUGUCGAAGGAGGGAAUGGCAUGAGCGAUUGGAAGCAGAAUAUUGUGAAAUGCUAUCCGCUCAGCUGCGACUUCACACGAAUGGAAGACAGCAUAAAGCCUUACACCAAGGUCGGCCCAAGAAGACACCAAGUGUAUUUUACCGUUAUCAGAGUAGCAAUUCGAUGGAUUGCCUCGAA